CAUGUGGACUGCAACCAGAAUGGAGAAGGGGGUAGUGUGUGCAGCAGCAGCAGCAGUGUUAACAGUGUUAAUAUGGAGGACAUGUCCCUGUGUCUGCCUGCCAUUCAGAAGUUGGUGGAAUAUAUUAAGUUCAACUUCAUGGAGGGUGACACAGCUCCAUCAGCCAACCCCUCUUCCUGCAGGGAGGGGUUGGAUGUUGAAGUUCAGGCUGUCUCCAUCAGUAAAGAUGAGGGUGAUAGUGCUGAGUUUGGCCUCAGCUUUGGAAACAUUCCAAUUUUUGGGGAUCCUGAUGGAAGAAAGAAGGGAGGCCCUAGGAGGAGGAGGGAUCAGAGCCCCAUCGUGGAUGUGGGCUGCAUCUGGGUUACCGAGGUGAAGAAGACGAGCCCAGCAGCCCGCUGUGGGGGGAUCAAACUGAGAGACGAACUGCUGUCACUGAACGGGCAGCUGAUGGUGGGAGUAGAUGUCAGUGGAGCCAGUUACCUGGCUAACCAGUGUUGGAGUGGAGGAUGUAUCUACCUGAUAAUGCUGCGGCGAGUCAAGCGAAUGGCUCCUCCCCCUCCCUGUGAUCUCAAUGGCAGCAUCGGUACCCCUGUUGGCAGAGACAGCUGUGAAGAGCGGCAGCAGGGCAGGGCUGCCUCCGAGUCCUCCAACAGCUCGGCAAACUGCAAACGCACACGCAAGUUUGGUGUCAUAUCGCGGUCGUCUUUUAACCGAGACACCCGAGACAGUACUGACUCAGAACUCCAGAGCUGUUACAACGGCUACAACUCUUCUGUUCCCACUGAGGCAGGGGUCAGUCCUGCAGUAGAUGACUCAGGUUGCAUCUUCUCCACACAUACACCCACAGAGGAAAGCCCAAAUGCCUUUCCUCAGGUGAGAACUGUUCCCAAACGUCUACACAGAGGAGGCACCGCCACCCUGCCCACAAGAUGUCACAGUCAGCUUUUAGAAUCCAAAAAUGAUUCUUUCAGCAGUGAACCUUCAAACCAGCACAGAGAGGGCAACCACAUCUGGAAGAUGCAUAUGGUGAAGGGUCAGGAGGGCCUAGGCCUACAGAUAACAGGGGGGCGUGGCUCCAAGCGCUCUCCUCACGGCAUCAUUAUAGCGCAUGUAGAAGAAGGGGGUGCUAUUCACAGGGACGGUCGUCUACACGCUGGUGACGAGUUGCUGAUGAUUAAUGGUCAGUCUCUGGUGGGUCUCACUCAUCAGGAGGCUGUUGCUAUCCUCCGCUCCACUUCUGGUCUCAUCCAGCUGGUGGUGGCAAGCAGG